CCAGUUCCCUCAGCUGCUCCUCAUCAGACUUGUUCUCCAGACCCUUCACCAGCUUCGUUGCCCUUCUCUGGCAGUUGCCCCCGACCUCGAUUCUGCCUGAUCUGUCCAGGCCACAGAAGUGAGGCUAAGCCCAUUGCCAGGUGCAUACAUGUACAUAAGCAAAGUGGGCAGUAGCCAUGGGCUGAGACCUCCCAGAUUCCUUUAUGUCACCGAGCAGGUCAUGGUGACCCGCGGAUGACAGUCCCUAGGAUAUCUUGUGCCCUGUCCCACUGAGCCACCCACUCCAGCUACCCAGCUACCUCCCUCGGCUUCGCACACGGCAUUUUCUGGGUGGCUUGAGCAGACGUAGGUAUGCUGAGCAGUGCUGCAGACGGGUCUUCCCACAGAGGCAAGCGGUGGGAUGCGUUGCCUCAUGUCCCUGACAGAUGGCAAACGUAUUACCUUUUAAGACAGCCGCUAGUCACAGAGCCCAGCGCUGCUGUUUUGACACUGACUCAACCGUGAAGACACAUCUCCAAGGUGACUCUGUGCUCGGGAGCGAGGAUAUAUCGCGUAGAUUUGCUUACAUUCAAGGACACGUGCUCUCUCCUGUUGUUUGGAUCCUGAGAAAUUUUUCCCAAGCAGGGCUUGCUGAUAUUUUCACCCUUGUACAGUCAAAUGGCGUUGCCGCUGAGGUUCCAGCGCGUGGCUCCACCAGCGGUGGGUUGUGCUGGUGUAAUGAAGAACACUGUGCCUGAAGGGAGGUCUUAUGUGCGGUCCGUCAGCGCAGGCUGUGGCUGGACGUUGCGUUGAAUCCUGUGUUACUGCAGGCAGCUGCAGUCUCUCCCCACACCUCCUCACCCCUGCCUGUCCAAAGAGGGAGUCGCUUCAGUGGCUCGAUCCAGCAGGAAAGCCACAUAUCAGAAAAAAAAAAAAACCCACCCUCAAACCUGAAAUAAUUAUUCCUUUGGAUCAACCAGCCAGCCAGGCAGCCGUCAGUUCUCUAAUUGUGGGGAAGGGAACAAGACCUGGGGAGACCUGGGGCGGGGAGGACCUCCCUCUCAAAGCCAGCCUGCAGCGACAGUGGAUUAAAGGCAGCGUCAACCCAUCCUUCCCCAGACGUGCCAUGGGGUUGUGUGUGUGCCUGUAUUUUUCCGCUGCCGACCUGGCCGUGUGAAUGCCUAUAAUGGGGAAACAUUAUAGUACCAGCUGCAGUUUUAUUUAGAAGGGAGUAAUGAAUAUUUUGUUCCAACAGGCUUUCGAAACGAACGGCGGCCAUCUGGUUAAAAGUCUUGCUCUCGGCCAUGUCAUGAUUCCCCAAAGUUGUAAUCGAGCACCUCUCUGCCCUGGUCAUGCCGAGCGGAUUUAUUUUUAGGUCUGGCUAUUGAACAGGCUCCCAGUUUUCAAAGGCCGUUAGAAUCCUGCUCUCGUUAUUAACAGGCGCCCUGGAAGCGAGGACUCGCUUUUGCCUGGAAUCGGUAAAACUUCUUGCUGGUGCUAACAAAGCUGAGGCAGAUACUAAUGAGGGUUUGAGGGCAGACGCUGCCUCAGACAACACUGAUCCUUGAAAACCACAGAGCUGGCUGCAGAACCAAUUGUGCUGCUCUUUAAAAAAAAAAAAGUAAGCUGUUGCUUCUCUUUUAUUAGGUAUACAGCCCCAGAGAGUCGUUUUAAAGCUCCAAAGUACCGUUUUCGCUGCCAUUGGAUACUCUCUGAUACUUUGGGGAACAGUUUCUAUUUUCUGCUGUCAAGCUGUUUGACUGCGUUGAUUUUUUGUGUUACAGCAGCAACAGGUCACGGGUGAGAUCUUUUUUUCCAGGUGCCUACACACAACACGCGUGUGUAAUCUUACCUUCCCCAAAGAGAGACACGGGAGCUCAGACAGAGGGAGAAUUUAGCCUGCUCCGUGGUAAUGUUUUAAAGCUGCAGACCGGCUCCUAACCCGAUUGAUGGGUCCUGAGCAUGGACAAGGACAGCCAGGAUGUUCACCAGGUGCUGAACGAGCUCAAGAACAAGUUCCAGGAGACGAGGAAGCUGAUCAGCUCCAUGCCCGGCAUCGGUGUGAGCCCAGAGCAGCAGCAGCAGCAGCUGCAGAACCUGCGGGAGCAGGUCCGGACCAAAAACGAACUGCUGCAGAAGUACAAGAGCCUUUGCAUGUUUGAAAUCCCCAAGGAGUAGGAAGGGCGCAGCUCUGCUCUCCGGGUCCGAGAUACCUCCUCUUCUGGCUGAACAGGAGAGAGAAAGGUGAUGGUCGUGUCUGAGAUGAGUAAAGAUUUAGAAAUCCCAAACUGCCCCUCUUGUGUAUUCACUGGGUGGAUGUGGGCUGAGCAGGGGCAGGACUUUGGCAGCACAGAGGACGUGCGUAGCCUGGGCCCAGCUCCUGGGCUUACAUCGCUUUUUUGGAAGCAGGGUGACUUGGGAGAGCAAAGCAGGGACUCCCAGGGGAGUGGAUUUCGGUAGGCUUUGCGUCCGUAAAUCUCCUUGGGCAAGCGCAGCUUGUAGGCAGUACGCUGGGCAUCUUGCUCUUAAAACAGAAAAAGGGCAAACAGAAUCAAAACAAAGGGCAUAAAUGACAAGGGCUUUUAGUUACUCCACACGUGACAGAAGUCAGGCUCAACAGGACGGGUCAGUUCCGCGUCCGAAGUGCUCCGGGGGCUUCCCACAAACACAAGCGUUUGAGCGGCUUGAACGUUUGCCAGCGGCUGAUGGAAAGCUCUCAAAUGUUGUAUCGCAUUCAGACGGAUCUCGGGGCUCCCUGCCCUCUGUCCUCCUCCUGUUAGCUCUUAACGGCGGCAGAUGACAACCCGGUAAGCAGCACCGCAUCUCGCCGCCUGACAAAGAUGGGACGGGACCUUGAAUCUAACUGUUCUCUGAAUUAAUGCUGAAAGAUGGUGCAGGUCAGUAGCAGAAGAGGUGAAAAUCCAGCUAGCGAAAUACAGUAUCUGUUGAGAACCAGCAUCCGAAGGCAGGUAGCGCUCGUGCCUUCGAAAGAAGAGAAGCGAGGUCGGUUUGGGUAGGGCUUACCUUUCCUAAACCAAAAGGGCAAGUAAUUCUGCUCGUUGGGAGCUGGGAUGGUUGCGACCCACCUGUAGCCUAGAGAUUACUCUGUCCCCGCUGGAAUACUUUACUAGUACUUUCUUUGGGAAGGUGCCAGUGUGUAAACUCUGAGUAAAGCAGAACACCGAGAUAAACAAAGCACAAUGUACACUCUUUUUAUUACUGAAAUUACCUUUCUGCCAGCCAUUACGUGUCCCAGCUCAAUAAAUUCUUGCAUCUCAUGCCUGGACAGUGAUUUCCCUUUUUUUGCCAGUUGCUGUUCCUGUGAAAUCAGGGCAUAUGCGGAGCUGGAAGAAACAACGUGUUUCCAAAGAAAUGUCUGGCACUUAGCACGGGAACAAGUUAACUCUGUCAACUUGAAUCCAAGUUUCAAACGAAACUGGAGCGGUUUGGUUUGCAGUCUCACUCGCCCACCUUAGUUUUGUGGCUUUGAUAGAAUUUUGUUGCCGUUGAUACGUAUUAACGUAGGUUUGUUUUGCCGCUUGGGGGGGGGGAACAGGGGCUGAAAAUGAACUGAAACAGAAGCUGGAGCCAGGGAGAGCUGUUCUUUGAAGAGCUUUCCCCUUUCCCUUUCACUUCCAGCAAUGGUUACUGCGACUUGUUAUUGGGAAGAGAUUAAAAACCAUCAGAUGCAAAGGUGACCUUUCAAGCAAAGUACUUCCUUUACUCAUAUUGCAAAAUAAAAACAAUAUCCCGGACGGG